CUGCCUACUUCCGAGUAAUAAUCAAAAGUGUCUUCUAAGGAAUGACAAAAAAGGAGAACUAUUAAGAAUUGGGAAGUGGACAGACAGUUUAAAAGAGCAGUACAGGCAGCACAGAGCAGCAGGAAAGAUGACCAACCCAACAGAGCAGAGGGACAUUUCAAACAAUUUGCCCAAAAUAAACAAAGGAAAAUACCAAAGCCAUAUAUAUGAGGUUAAGUUCAAUAUGGAACUAUCUGAGCCAAAUGAGAAGAUGGAGAACCCUGAACAACAAAUACAAGAAAAUAUUUCAUCACAAUGUUUUAGACCACUUGAAAAGGUGAAGAAGCAGAAGAGACUCCUGUUUUUUCUGGUGAUCUUGCUCAUCCUUACGUUCAUCUUCUUGGUUAUCCUUACAAGUCUGGUGCCCAUAUACUAUUCUGUUAUAAUCCAGCAGCUAAAACUGUCAGAUGAGAAGAAAGACAACAUUGAAUCAGAAAUAAAAACCAUUAAGCAGACUUUGGAUAAGGAGAAAGCCAAUAUUUUAUCAAACAUGAGGAACAUUAAUCCUAGUUUGGAGAGACCACGGUGUGAUUCUAACUGGAGAGCAUUUGAUGGAAGCUGUUAUUAUAUUGUUAGAACUGAAAUGUACUGGGCAGAGGCCCAGGGCAUCUGUAAAUCAAAGAACAGUGACCUGGUUGUUAUCAACAGUGAGAAGGAACAGAAAUUCCUUGAAAGUAUUACUGGCAACUCAUUUUUCUGGAUUGGCCUCAAAAGGAAUGGAAAAAGGUGGAAAUGGGUAGAUGGAACACUCCAUCAGGUAGCAGAUGGAUUCUGGAUGAUAGAGGAACCAAAUAAUCUUGGUGGAGAUGAAGACUGUGUUCAUAUGAAGAUGAAGAAAAAGUGGAAUGAUAUCGCCUGUGAUGCUCGGGAUAAAGCAAUCUGCGAGAAAAAAAUGACCCAUUGUGUAUAGUUUUGGACUAAUAUAUAAAAUCUCCUAUAAACAAGAAAAAAAGGCAUAUAACCAAAUAACAAGCAUAUAUUAUAACUUAACUCUGCUUAGCUCACUUCACACCCAGUGCGGCUAAAGACAUGCUUAUAGGUGCAUCUGCAAAUAGCUACAACAAAAAGGCAUAAUAACAUGAAUUAAAAGGAGGAUGGCUAAGUGGCAGUUUAUCAUUCUAUGGCCUUUGCUUUUCAGAGUUUUAAAAACUCAGCAAUAUGAGCAUUGAAAGAUACCCUUUUAGCCCCCCCAGUUAUUAUAUUGACUUGCUUGACCCUCUCCCUGUAAUUAUACUGGACCCCUUCUGGUCAUUAUACCUGCUGAUUAUCUGAAAUGGAAAGGUCCUCAACAUUUUAGCCUUCAUUCAACUGAGGUUUGGACACGACCAUGUGUCUGAUUUAAAGAUUUACUUGGUAACAUAACAGUAUUUUAAACUUUUUUCAAUAAAUUGUGGCAAUGAAAACCUUGAGUGUCUCUGAUCAGUGCCGCUGUCAACCGAUAUCUCUGCUUUCUUGUGUGGGAAAGCCUUAAACCAAUAUUUGGGCCAUGGCACAAAAGAAUAGCAUUGUGUUCUUUACAAUGGGUCCCAUUCAUUUAACAAACAAUAAUACAUAAAAAAACAGAAUACUUAAUUACUAUUGUAGAAUUAUUGAGUCACACGUUUGCAAAACCUUGUGUUCGUCCUUCCAGGCUUAACAGCUUGUUGUAAAUCAUUAUUUGAAACCUUAUGCAUUAUGCAAGUGGCAGCUAAUGUAAUGAAAUAAUCCCAAAUGUAAUCCCCAUUAGUGAUGGGCGAAUUUAUUGGCCAGGUGCGAAUUCGCAGCGAAUUCCCGCAAUUCGCCACUGGGGAAU